GGUGCUGAGGUGCUGGUGUUCACGGAGCCAUCAAACCGGGUUAUCCAUUACGUGGUCGCCACCGAUGACGAUUCUGGCCCAAACGCUGCCAUUUCUUACGACCUGAUCUCCGAUCCCACCGAUUGCUUCGGUAUCGACCACAAGACUGGUGCACUAUCGAUGCUGCGACGUCCUCCAUCCAGUGAUUCCACCAUAGUUGUUCGUGCCAGCGACGAGGGAACACCGUCACUUUUUGUCGAUCAGACCCUUACAAUACGGCUGACAAGUGACAGUAAGAAAUGGAGUUAUUUUGAUGACGACGAGGUUGAAGUGACGAUAGCAGACACAGCACCGGCAGGAACAACUAUCGCAACGCUUAGUCCUAGAUGGUUCCGUAGUUUCAAA